AUGCCUCUGCAACCCUUGGACGAAGUCGUGCUUUCUCGUGGCAUCGUUGACUCUGCUCUGCCAUACUCGGGCCAGACUGUGGAUACUUUCAAGAGCAUGGCGAUGGAAUCGCCGAUGAAGACUCAGGUCAGUGACCACAAGGCACCUCCAGCCCACAACGUCAAGGCACCGUCUCCUCAUCUUCCCAGACCAUCUCCACAACAGCCUAAGAGAACCUCGAGCUACACAGCCCAAGUAGACAACAACCCCCUCGCCACCGGCAAGCAGAUAACGCUGGGGAUCACGUUCGGAAGGGACGAGGACGAGUCCAUGCUGCCGGGGUUGAAGGUGGUGAGGUUGAAGGAUGGAGGCGUUGCGGCCUUGAGCGGGAGGAUCUCGGUCGGAGAUAGAGUCAUAACCGUCGACGGGAAUGACAUCUCAAAGCUCUCACCUGUAGAAGCGAAUCGAUUGCUGGUGGGAGCAGAAGGCUCGGUGGCAGGACUCUUUGGAAGAAAUUGCGAUCCAGGUGCUGAGAAGCUUUCUGUUUGA